AAUUCUCGACAAAAAGCUACAGCAUUGAUAAAGAGAGUCACCAUGGACUUUUGCAGCACAAAAGUCUAAGGAUGCUUUACAAGCACAGCAAGCACCUGAGUGGACGAUACAAGAAGUCCGCACAUCACUUUGUCUGGCUCCUCUGUCUUUGGGUUCACCUCUUGCCUCAAGUGGAUGGCUUCUUUAUGUCUGAUGCUAAGGCUGUCCUGCAAGGGUGUGAUGACCACUGGACCUUACAGGAGAAGGAGCAUAUGCCUGUGCUCUUUCAAACCACGCUAUGCGUGGACGUACAGGUCCUUUCCCCAGGCGAGUGGACAGCAUUUAGCUAUGUCUCGGCCCCCGCACCCCGCUAUGAACUUGCCCUGCAGGGGGACGCAAACAACUUGUACGCCUGGCUGUUAGGUGUACGCCACCAGUUCCCUGUCCAGCUGACCACUCACCGCUGGUACCACAUAUGUCUACGGUGGGACGCCCCUCACAAAAGCUUCAGCCUGACGAUAGGUGGCAACUCGGAAGUAUACCAGCGGACCGCCAUUGCCCGAGCAAUCCCUCCUUCAGGGCGUCUUCUGCUCGGUUGCCAACCAAACAAAGCCUCCCCUGGGGCAAAAAUGGCCACCGUGGAGCUCUACCUGUUCCGUAUAUGGGACGAUGUUGGAGAGCACAGGGCCUGCGAGGACGGGACGGUGAUUGGCUGGGACUCACGAUUUUGGGCCAUCACACGAGCCCAGGCUAGAGUCCAAGAUUAUACGUUGCAAUGUGGUCUAAGGCAUCUGCGUAUGAAACGCAGUGCACAAGGAACUACAGCCAAAUCCACAUCCCAAGGUUCAGCCAGCACCCGAGAGUUUGUCUCAACAUCUACUCCACUCCACUUAAUGAUUACUUCAAUAAUUACCACUUCACUGAAAUCCACCACCCAAGGACUGAACCUUCAAUCUUCAAAUGAAGUCUUAAACACAGUCUCUGCUUCAACCACGCAAGCCAGAACCACAUCGAAUCCUGCAGGACACACUACAACAACUAAACCUUCAGUGACUCUCAGUGCACCAACACAAAUUCCCACCACAUCAAACACUAUUACACCCAUUAUUCAAGCUGGUUCAGCUGUUAAUUACACAACUACUGUGUCAAAUACUAGUGGAUUAAACACAUCAACUCCAACUCCAGCCUCACCAGUGUCUUACAUAACCACUCAAACUACCCAGAGCACGUCAACAUCUGCCCAAACACUUUCAAGCAAUCACAUUAGCCAUCCAAUCAGUACUUUCGAAACAACAGUCAGUCAUACGACAGCAAGCUCUUCCGCUGCACCAACUGUCGCGACUCGAGUAACCAAUCAGACAGCGGUUCUACGAACAACGACGUCCAAUGUAUUAUUCACAGAGCCAUUUGCAGUACAGUGUAACUUUUCCCAGUCCUGCGCUAAUGAAUCAUCAUACUACUGGAUGCUUGUGGAGGUGAAAGGCUCUAAUAUGACGGAGGGACAGAUUCAAAUUUGGUUUUCAGAUCUUUUUCAUAAAAGCACAUGCUCUGCUGGAGUUUCAACAACAGGAAUCAAUACUACAUCAUGUCAAACUGACAUAGUCUUUGUGACUGCUGAGGUUAGAUGUGAAGCCAAGCAGAACAACCAGAGGACAAACUGCACGGUGCUGCUACAGCUGAGCCAACCUGUGAAUACAUGCAUCCUCCGAAGGCUGGUGCAAAACGGGAUGAUAAACCCAUCGAUGCAGAUCCAGCUUCUGGGAGAUGUAGAAAGAGUGGGCAAAGGACUGUGCCCAGAGCACAAUAUUACGCCCCCUGGAGGGGGUUUUGUGCACUGCACAUCUCCAAUGUCUUAUGAUGAUGUGUGCAAUACCCAGGGACCUGUCAAUGUCACAUGUUCUUAUAAGGAGAAUGGUUUCAUUCCUAAAGACUUGGUUGUUAAUCAAUCCUGCAACGUUGAGAACCAACAAUAUUGUGAGUGUCACGUGUCUACCAACAAUGAGACAUAUUAUGCUGUUCGUCUAAAUAUUGCAAGCCCAGAUGUGAAUUUCACCUACAUUCAGGACAUGGUUGUACAGCUGAGCACUCCUUGCAACAAAUCCAGAAUGCAAGGGUCUCUGUGUAAUUCUUUUACUGAAGUAUCCCAGUUGUAUCAGGGAAUGCACUUGGAAUGUUUUGGUGAAGGAACAAGGCUCUACACAUGUAUGUUAACUCUGCAGCUGUCAAAACAGCUGGAUGUGUGUACUGUUAGUACUGCUAUUGCCAUUCUUUGGAAGGACAGUACCAACAUUAGUUUUGAUGGACCCCUCAGUCGAAUUGCCAUAUGUCAUUUGCCUACUGAUUCGGAAACCAUUCCUUUAAACUCAACAUUCACUUGGCUGUCUGUAAAUUUCAGUUCCAGCCACAUUGAUGACAUCAAAGACAAUUUGAAAUGUGCACAGGGUCAGACAUUCGCUGUUAUUUUAAAUGAGAGCUGUGAAGUCUCACCUCCUGAGUCCUACACAACUCAAGUUGUCCCUCCUAGAACAAGUUCUGAGAGCAGUGCUACAUUCCCAAACAUCACUUCUUCAUCAGUAACUACAGAUUGGUCACUGACCAACCAAACCCACUCUGCAGUCACACCAUCAGUCACAAACACUUCUAGUACACCACUCAGUACAACAAGUCUAAUAUUCAAUACAUCCAUCAACAGUACAGGCAAUCAAACAAACACUGUGUCAAAUUAUACAGCAAGUCUGCCACUCAAUUCAACACAUGAUAUAGUACAACCGGUCAAUAUAGCAAGUACAUCACACUAUAUAACAACCUCAACAGUCAGUACAACACAUAAAACAUCCAGUGUAACACCUCAACUGAGCAAUAGAGCAGUUACAACACACUACACAACAACCUCACCUGUCAGUGCAACAGGUACUUCAAACAAUAUACCAGCAUCAUUGGUCAGUACAACAAAUGAGACACCCAAUAUAACAACCUCACCAGUCAGUGCAACAGCUACACCAUACAGUCUAACAACCUCACCUGUCAGUACAACAGGUACAUCAAAUAAUAUACCAGCAUCACCGGCCAGCACAACAAAUACGACGCAUGAUAUAAUAACCCCAGCAGUCGGCCCAACAAGUACAACAUACGAUGUAACAACCCCACCAGUCAGUUCAACAAAUGCGGCACAUGAUAUAAUAACAACAACAGUCACCCCAACAGUCAGUGCAACAAGUACACCAUACAAUAUAACAACCUCACAAGACAAAACAACACUCAGUAUAACAACCUCAGUGGUCAGUACAACAAACACAUCACUCGAUGAAACACCACCACUGGUCAAUACAAUAGAUACAACACACAAUAUUAUGACUUCAAUGGUCACUACAACACAUUCAACACUCAAUGUAACAACUCAACCAGUCGAUACAACAGACAAAAUAACGACCUCAGCGGUCAGUACAACACAUUCAACACUCGAUGUAACAACUCAACCAGUCGAUACAACAGACAAAAUAACGACCUCAGCGGUCAGUACAAAACAUACAACACUUGAUGUAACAACUCAACCGGUCGAUACAGCAGAUACAACAGACAAAAUAACAACCUCAGUGGUCAGUACAAAACAUACAACACUUGAUGUAACAACUCAACCGGUCGAUACAGCAGAUACAACAGACAAAAUAACAACCUCAGUGGUCAGUACAAAACAUACAACACUUGAUGUAACAACUCAACCGGUCGAUACAGCAGAUACAACAGACAAAAUAACAACCUCAGUGGUCAGUACAACACAUACAACACUCGAUGUAACAACUCAACCAGUCGAUACAACAGACAAAAUAACGGCCUCAACGGUCAGUACAAAACAUACAACACUUGAUGUAACAACUCAACCGGUCGAUACAAAAGAUUCAACAGACAAAAUAACAACUUCAAUGGUCACUACAACACAUUCAACACUCGAUGUAACAACUCAACCAGUCGAUACAACAGACAAAAUAACGACCGCGACACUUGAUGUAACAACUCAACCAGUCGAUACAACAGACAAAAUAACGACCUCAACGGUCAGUACAAAACAUACAACACUUGAUGUAACAACUCAACCGGUCGAUACAGCAGAUUCAAAAGACAAAAUAACAACUUCAAUGGUCACUACAACAAAUUCAACACUCGAUGUAACAACUCAACCAGUCGAUACAACAGAGAAAAUAACGACCUCAACGGUCAGUACAAAACAUUCAACACUUGAUGUAACAACUCAACCGGUCGAUACAGCAGAUACAACAGACAAAAUAACAACCUCAGUGGUCAGUACAAAACAUACAACACUUGAUGUAACAACUCAACCGGUCGAUACAGCAGAUACAACAGACAAAAUAACAACCUCAGUGGUCAGUACAACACAUACAACACUUGAUGUAACAACUCAACCAGUCGAUACAACAGACAAAAUAACGACCUCAACGGUCAGUACAAAACAUACAACACUUGAUGUAACAACUCAACCGGUCGAUACAGCAGAUACAACAGACAAAAUAACAACCUCAGUGGUCAGUACAAAACAUACAACACUUGAUGUAACAACUCAACCAGUCAAUACAGCAAGUUCACCGCACAAUAUAACAACCUCACCUGUCAGCACAACAAAUAUGACACACAAUAAAACAACCGCACCAGUCGGCACAACAGGUACACCAUACAAUACAACAAGCUCACCAGUCAGUACAACAGAAACGACACUCAAUUUAACAACCUCACUGAUCCAUACAACAGAUACAACACACAGUAUAACACCCUCACUGGUCCAUACAAUAGAUCGAACACACAAUAUAACAACCCCAGCCAAAAUCACAGAAACCACAUUCGAUAUAAUAAAUUCACCAGCCAGUGCAAGAGAUGCGACACUCAAUGUAACAGCCUCACUGGUCCAUACAACAAGUACACCACACAAUAUAACAACCUCAACAGUCAAAACAACAGAAACGACUAUCAAUAUAACAACCUCAACAGUCAACACAACAACUACACCACACAAUAUGCCACAAUUACCAAUCAGCGCAACAAAUACAACACCUAAAAUAACAACUGCACCAGUUAGCACAACAGGCACACCCAAUAUAACAACAGGCACACCGGUCAUUACAACAGUUACAGUACACAAUUUAACAUAUUCACCAGUCAAUACAACAGUCACACCACUCAACCUAACUGUCACAGGACUCAGUUCAACAACCCCUGUAGUCAGUACAACAGCCACAUCAAUUGACACAACUGCUGCAACAGUCACAACACUUGAUAAAACUACAACAACUUUCAACACAUUAAUCACAUUAACAGGUAAGCCACUCAUUACAACAGUCAUACCACCUUCUGAGCUGGUAACAGCAACACCACCCAAUACAACAGCACAGAUAAGUGAAACUCUUACUACAACAGUAAGACAAUUAAAUGCAACAGUCACACCUCACUUUACUACUGCCUUGCCACUCAUCUCAACUGCACUACAUCAUACAACAGUCACGCCAUUCAAUACAACAGUGACAGAUCUAAACUCAACUUUCACAUCCGAAACUGUGAAAAAUGUGAUACAGUCUAACACAAGUAGUUCACAAAUCUCUGGUGCAGAGUCCACCACCACUACAACCUUUCUGUCAAAUACAACACUGUUUAACUUGACAGCACCAUUAUACCUAAAUGCAACAACACCCCCAUUAAACACUACACAACACACCACCACAUUCACAACACUUUUAAACACUACUGGGCAAGACAACGCAACGAUAUUUAACACUAUAUUAUUCACUCACAAUGUAACAACUCUCAUAGAAAAUAGGACAGAUUUAGCAAUACCUAAUGUGACAGAGGUUAACGGUACACUUAAAAUGACUACGAACCACAAAAACACAACAUAUUUAAAUGAAAGCUCUUCUGUCUUAAAUACCACAACACAAUACCCAGAUGUUACACAAUAUAACACAACCACUCUAUUUGAAAAUGCCACACACUCAAAUAAUACAAGCCUAGCCCACACUACAGAAUCACCAAGUAACAUAAAUGAAUCAAACACAACUCAACCUCUUAACAGUACAUCUGAAUUCAAUACAACAGCCAUUCCUUAUUACACAACCACAGAUGCUGAAACUAGUACCACUACAGAUACGCCAGAAUUCAAUACUACAAUGUAUUCAUUUAACUUCACAACUUUUAAUACAACUGAUGUCACUUAUUCCAACACAACAGACUCCCUGUUCAAUACAACUCAAUCAAAUACAACAGCCUUUACAAUCAACAUAACCUUGUUUAACACAACAGAUGUGCCACUGAAUGAAACCAAUUUCAAUGGGACUGAUGUCAAUCGUAGCAUCAACACAACAGAGACCUCCAAUAACACACUGGAAUUUAGUACAACUGUAAGCCCUACAGUUAAUACAACACAGUUUGACAUCACAAAUACAACACAGAUGCAUACAACAACCUUUCCAACAACGGAAAGUAUUCCCAGUGGGCCAACCAACUCCACUUUAGAGCCUGUCACAACAGUUAGUCUCCUUAACACAACACAGUCAAACGGAACAACAGAAAAGGCCUUUACUGAAAAUAUAAUCACUAACACAACUAGAACAAUCAAUCCAAUUAACACUCCAAACAACAUCCCAACAAAUACUACCGUUAUUAACAUUGUCACAAAUAGCAGUACAGCUCCCACAACUGCUCCAUCAGUGAUACAUCCAAGCUCUCCUCAGAACAGCUCCACUUCCACAACAGAAGCUCCAAUUAUUGCUCCAACCCCAACGACUAGCAAAAGCAACACAACAACAGUCACUACGAUGCCUGCCGUUCCAGCUGUGCCAACAACACCAGCCACUACCAUGGCAACUACUACAGAAGCAACAACUAAAAGCCCAGAUGCAGUAGCUAGUGAUCUUCUGAACCAAACACAGAAUUUGGCAUCUUUAAACUCAACUGAGGUCAAGCAGCUGGUCGACCAGUUAGAAAAUAUUAUCUCCGCACCCAAUAUUAGUCUGGAUCUAGGCCGAACAGUGCUUACUGUCAUCAACAACUUUCUAGACAGCUCUACGGAUACUCUGGCUGCCUCCUCAAACCGAUUAAUCAAAGCUGUGGAUAAUUUGGGUAUGAAACUUGUGAUUCGGGACCAGACUGAAAACAUCGUAUUUGAUUCACUCGCUUUGACUGUGACCAAAGUUGAUGGGACCAACUUUGGCAAAACAUCAUUCACAAUUGCAGAUCCCUUAAACCCACAGGUCACAAAAGGACUUCAAAGACAAAUCAGGGCAGUGGAAAGUUCCUCCCCCCUGGCAAAAAUAACACUACCUGCGUCUCUGACAGAGAACCUCUCUCCAGAAGAAAAGAAGAUAGCCUCUAGAGUCCAGUUCACCUUCUUUCAGAAAAGCACAUUUUUUCAGGAUAAAACCAGUCCAGAGAAGCUGAACAGCCACAUUCUGGGCUCUAGUGUGGCUAACCUGUCAAUCAAAAACCUGAGGGAGAAUGUUAUAUUUACUCUGAGGAAUAAACAGCCCGUUGCGGGGAACUAUGUAGCUUCCUGUGUUUUCUGGGACUUUGACAAAAACGGAGGUUUAGGAGGCUGGAAUGGCAAAGGCUGCUCUGUCCAAAACAGCAGCACUGAGAACGAAACCGUCUGCAGUUGCAAUCACUUGACAAGCUUUGCUGUACUACUGGACAUUAGCCGGCAAGGCAUAUCUAGCCGUUUGCAGGCCACCAUCCUUACCUUCAUCACUUAUAUCGGAUGUGGGGUGUCUGCCAUCUUCCUCUCGGUUACUCUGAUCACCUACAUCGCGUUUGACAAACUCCGCCGUGACAUCCCUUCAAAGAUCUUGAUCCAUUUGUGUUUCGGCCUGCUCUUGCUGAACCUGGUGUUCUUGUUGGACGCGUGGCUGGCGCUGUACAAAGAUGCUGUAGGCCUGUGCAUUUCCACAGCUUUCUUCCUGCACUACUUCCUGUUGGUCUCCUUCACCUGGAUGGGACUGGAGGCUCUGCAUAUGUACCUGGCCAUCGUCAAAGUCUUCAACAACUUCAUGUCCCGAUACAUGCUAAAAUUUUCCCUGGCAGGCUGGGGAAUCCCUUUGGUUGUCGUCAUUAUUGUGAUUGCGGUAAACAAAGAUAACUAUGGCCUCAUAAGUUAUGGGAAAUUUUCUGACGGAACUACAGAUGAAUUUUGUUGGCUGAAAAAUGACAUAGCGUUCUAUGUGUCUGUUGUGGCGUACUUCUGCAUCAUAUUUGCGUUGAACCUGGCCAUGUUUGUGGUGGUGAUGGUCCAUCUGAGACGAAUCAAGCGCCGAAACCCUCACAAUAAUCAGUACCACAGCAGCUUGCAUGACCUUCGUAGCGUCGCGGGACUUACUUUUCUGCUCGGGCUUACAUGGGGCUUCGCCUUCUUUGCCUGGGGACCGGUCAAUUUGGCCUUUAUGUACCUGUUUGCCAUCUUAAAUUCCCUACAGGGUUUUUUUAUUUUUAUUUUCCACUGCGCUCUGAAGGAAAAUGUCCGUAAACAGUGGAGGAUGUACCUCUGUUGUGGCAGUUUACGAUUGGCUGAAAAUUCAGAGUGGAGUCGGACAGCCACACAGAGCAACCACACUAAAAAGACUUCAAUCAUAACGACAGAUUCAGGGACCCACAGUGUACCGCGAAGCUCAGUGAGCAGCGAUGACUCAGUGCCGUCCCAAGGCAUCGGCUCACCGGUGGAUGACAGUGUGAUCAUGUCGGGGGAAGCAAAUGACGACGUGAUCUUCAAUGAGAUGAACAGUCAAAUCCGUUCACGACUCAGAUCUGAAUAGUUUUUAGAAGAGGAUUAUAAACGCAGACAGGAAAAUAGGUGAAGAAACAGACCAUUAAAUAUUCUGUUUCUAUCAGGCCUGAAAAAAAUGCAUUACCAGGAUGAGAAUCUAAUGACUCAAUGUCUUUCCUCAUCAGUUUGUCUGAAUGAAUGUUACAUGCAGGAAAGCUUUCAGCAUUUAGCUUUAUAGCCAGACAUUUUGUGAUUUGUUAUUAAACCGGGAUGCUCACAGCUGAGUAAUGAUAAAAAUGAUAAAAAUAUCUCUAUGUACUGAGGAGUGAGGUAUAUUAUGCUUUUGGGGUUUUAAACUCCUAUAUAUUUUCAGCAAACAGUAUUAAACAGCUCUUCUGCAAUAAAUAAAUAAAGCUCAGAUAAUGCAAGUACAUCAAAUGCUACUUAAUAAAUGUUUUAUAAUUGAUGAAGGACGACAUUUAAAUGAAGGAAAAAAUUCUGUCUUAAAAACCAUGUAUAUCUGUCAGACGUGUUGUAGAAAGACUGAGAUAUGUUCUGUUUUCCAUAUAGUUGUUUAUUUGCUUUUCUCCACAUUUUAUAGCCACUCUCAGUUUUGUAGUUCUCACAUAAGGAGGAAAUAUGGAAUUAAUAUGCUAAUGUAUCUAAGAAUUUGUUACAUGUAAUCAAAUUAGCUUUCUGUGUACUGUGUAAAACAGCAUUUGUCUGAAAUUAUUUUUGAGUAGUAUAAGGUUUCUGUUUAGCCAAAAAAAGUAAUAUGAUUUAUCAUGUUGUGAUAUAUGUUUUAACAAUGAUGUAGUUUUAUGAAUUUAUGAUAAUUUCACAUUUGUACAUUUUAGGCAGAGUUAGGAAUCUGAGAUUCUAACAUAAUAAAUAAUUUAUUAUACCUUU